AGUACCCUAAAAUAUUCGUUUUAAAAACUUGUAGGAUUGUUGGAUAAUUGAAGAAAAUAUUGUAUUGAGUGUUUAGGGGUGAAGUAUUGUUUCUUUAAACGGGUGACUACUCACACCACUCGCUAUGAUGAUGAUCACUGACUAAGAUACAUCUCAUUUUUGAACUUGCGGCAAAGUUCUCGCGGCUAGAAACCUACAAGUACAGAAAACAAAACAAACUCAUAGAAAAAGAAGAAAUUAAACUAAAAAAUCGUGAGAAAAACGUUUAAACCAUACUUGCAGCCUCUGACAGGUACCCAGUGUACUACCACAACUGCGGUAUGUUGCCGUAGGCUCGAAGCCCAAGCAGUCUUAGUUGUGUCCUGGCCGUUUAGUGGUUACUAUGCAGAUCCAUAUCCUCCCCCUGGUUUAUUAAAAAAUGAUUUCAUAUGAUAAGUACCGACGAUAGUUUACAGUAUACAAGGCUAAGUAGUAUCUAGCAAAGGGCUGAACUGUCAAAGCUACCAGUAAUUAUCCGUCAACAUUUCACGAAAACAAUUUAUCAGCUUAAUUUCUUUUGUAGUAAUUUUGAAGGAUUCUAAAGGGCGCAGAAAAAAUGUGCACAAUGGAAAAAAAAUUUCUGAAGAAAGAGAGGGAGAUGGUUUAUGUAGGAAGCGCUUUCACUGCGACAAACAGGUUAUGACACAGAUUCACGAGACACUUUCCUACACGGCAUACCGAACAGUAAUGUGAUUCUCUCCUUGCUUUCACCGUUGACAGCAAGCACAGAGACGAAUCGCUGUGUCUAAAAUGUUUGUGCAGUCGAUUAAAUGUGGAUUGUUUCGGAAAUGUGGAGUACUCUUGACGCACAAGAAUGGAACAGCUGAUCAGCUAGCGCCCGUUGUUCUACAAAGACUUCUCUUCGAUAAAACAUAUCAUGUAAGCAGUGGGCGACUUGGUGCAGUUAAACUGACACACAAUCAGAAACCAGACUGGAACAAAGCUGUCUCCGAAGCAGAAAAAAUAGUUGGAUACCCUACCUCAUUUCUCAGUUUACGGUGGCUUUUAAGCGACGAAAUUGCUAACGUUGCUCUCCACCUCAGGAAAUUAGUGGGUUCAAACCACCCUCUGCUGAAAACUGCUAAGGGUUUGUUAUACAAUGGUCGCAAUAACAUGCAAGCCUGGGGACUAAUUGUACUGCUAAUUUCCAAAGCUGCAGGACAUUUGAAUGUGGAAGAAAUGGAGGAAGAUAAAGCAGCAGGGGUUCUCCACAGUCAGCGAGCCUUAGCAGAAGUUACAGAAAUGAUCCGCACAAGUCACCUGGUCCAUAAAGGCAUGGUUAAUAUAUAUCCUGGCCUUUACCCUGAAGCUGCUGAUCUGGGUGAUAUGACUUUUGGCAACAAGAUUGCUUUGCUAAGUGGUGAUUACUUGCUGGCUAAUUCUUGUAUGGAGCUGGCAUCUCUGCGCAAUCAAGAUCUGGUUGAGUUGAUGAGCAGUGCUGUGAGAGAUUUAGCUGAAGCUGAAUUUGUGGGAAGGCGAGACAAACAGAACAAUCCAUUACCUUGGCCUCCAGGUACUCCAGGUUAUCGUGAUGCUGAAGAAGACUGGACAAUACGUAAUGUGCUUUCUGCUGGUAGCUUGCUUGGCAAAUCAUGUCAAGGAACACUCAAACUUGCGGGACAUGGACCGCAACUGCAGCAACAAGGGUACCUCUUUGGCAAACACCUUGCGCUUGCUUGGCAGGCAUGCCUUGAUCUUGAACCUUUUGCAUCACAUUAUACACCAGAUUCGCCCUUUAACUUGACAUCAGCACCUAUAUUGUUUCAUUUAGAACAUGAUGCGAAACUUUACAAGGAAAUAGAGAAAGGACAUGAAUCGGUGCUGAAUGUUGAUUACACGAAGGUACACAGCAUUGUCCAAAAAGGCCCUGGAAUCAAACGUACAAAACAACUUCAAAAAAAGCACUCCCAGAAAGCAAUGGAAGUUCUAAAAGUGUUUGAUGAAAGUGAUGCUCGUACUGCACUGUCAAACAUUAUAGUUGCUAUGGGUGAACUGUAAGUGUAUGUACUGUGGAAAAAAAAGUAAAUCAGUGGAAAAAUCAAGAUGGAGACUCAUUAAUGUUAAGAGGAAAAAUUGGGUCUGUUCUUGUGUUAUUCCUAGAGGAGUACUUCUUCAUGGAGCCUUGCAGUUUGUGAUUUUUUAGGCACCCCUACAUGUGUAUUAUCUAUUCUCAUGCAAAUAAGGCAAAAAAAAAACUGAUAUAUGAAAUAUGUAAGACACAAAUAAUAAUAGAGCAGAUUUUAACAUCUAUUAUUUCAAUUUAAAGUGAAGAGGUAACUGAAAACUGACAGUGUAAAUUAUGAAAAUAAUUCCUGUAAUGUGAAGUAUGUCAGUCAGUUGUUGGUGGCUCACCUCCAUUGUGAAAACUUGAAGAUGAAAGUACUUAAAUUCUGCAAUACUAAGAGACUUACACAUACAAUGCUCAAUUAAGUGAGUCAGUAUGAGGAACCUGUUUUACAGCAAUAAAAAAAA